AAUUUAUUGGAACUUUUUCAAUAAUGGGCUCCACAUUAUGUGCUAAGUUCGCUUUAGAAUGCGAUAAUUUAGUUGGAUCUUGUUCCAAGUUUGAUAUAACUCCAUUGGAAAAUUUAACCGAGUCACUUCUCGAGACGAAAUUGCAGUCCCUUGAAGAGGACUGGCAAUCAGUUCGAAAAGCCUUUGAGGAUUUAUUUUUAACUAAUGAGAAUAUUAUUCCUGAGAGCGAAAAAUGCACGGCAAAAGUAAGAUUUGGAUCGGUUAAGGACGAAUAUCAACGUACCAAGGCUAAUAUGAUGGACCAAUUGAAGAUGCACAGAGCUUCUAGUAAUCAAGGUCUAAGGCCCGAUCAACCGACUAACUCUACUUUGUUCAAUACUUCGAAUAUGUAUCCCAUUAAUGCCACAUUUAAUGAUUCGGAGAUUUGUAUAAAGGUUCCUCCUUGUGAUACUCAGGAAUUUUAUGGGGGUUAUGAGGAAUGGCCAUCAUUCCGCGAUAUGUUUACCGCCAUUUAUGGUAAUCACCCUCGAUUGACACAGGCUCAAAAGUUAUAUCAUCUAAGGAAUAAAACAAAGGGCGAAGCAGGUAGUAUUGUAGCUAAAUAUCCACUUUCAGAUCAGAAUUAUUUACUGGCGUGGGACGCGUUAAGGGCGCGAUAUGAGAACAAGCGCAUUUUAGUAGAUAAUCAGUUGAAGAUUCUAUUUAAUAUACCAGCAGCAAAGGCUGAAAAUUGCGAAUCUAUUAACAGGAUUCAAACUACCAUUAGCGAUUGUUUAUCAAUUUUAAAGGCUCAUGGUAUACGAACCGAUCAAUGGGAUCCAAUCCUAAUAUAUUUGUGUUCCACAAAAUUACCUGAUGAAACAUUAGCUCUUUGGGAGCAAUCGUUGAGUUCUCCAACUCGUUUACCUUCCUGGGCAGAAAUGGAAGAAUUUUUAAUAAAUAGACAUCAGGUAAUGGAAAGAAUAUCUACAUUCAGAAGUCAAAACCCAGCUUAUGUUCCAUAUCAUAAUCAGGGUAGAAAUUAUAAUAUCUCUUCACAGCAGAAUAAAGCUAGAUAUGAAAACCCGAACAAAGAAGCUCAAUCGAAGAAUGAUGAUAUGCUUUGCAAAUUAUGUAAUAAAACACAUAUCAUUCGAAAUUGUCCUAAAUUUCAAAACUUUUCAGUAAAACAGAGAAUUGACUAUGUAGAAAAGAACAAAAUUUGUAGUAAUUGUUUGUCUUCAGCUCACACAAAUACAAAUUGUCAAAGCGUUUUUACAUGUGUCCAGUGUAAGAACAAGCACCACAGCUUACUUCAUUUGGAUAAUUAUUCCAAUAAUAAGAAGAAUAAAGCAAAUAAAAACAAAACGUCCAAUACGUUUCAUGCUGAUCCCUCUCAGCAACCGGAGGACACAAUAAACCGCCAACCACCAUGUAGCUCAAUGUCUACAGUACACAAGACAAACACACAAACAAACUUUUCUGUCAAUGAUGAUGACAUUUUAUUACCUACAGCUCUAGUAGAAAUUUUACAUUUAGGAGAAGUAUUUACAGUUAGAGCUCUAAUAGAUUCGGGAUCAAAACGAUCAUUUUUAACUAAAAAAAUAUCAAAAAGGAUUGGUUUAAUAACUCAAAAUGCAAAUUUUGAAAUUUGUGGAUUAGGGGGUACAGUGGUAGCAAAUUCAAGUAAAAUAUCUACCAUAACUUUGUGUAGAAAAAACCACGAGUUCUCACUCAGUACCCAAGUUAUAAUAGUUCCAAAUUUAACCAAAUUUAUGCCAAGCUUUACGAUUUCAAACGCUGAUCUCUCAGAAAUAAAACAUCUAAAAUUAGCUGAUCCUAAUUUCUUAAUAUCUUCACAAAUAGACAUGCUAAUCGGUAGUGAUAUAAUUCCAUAUAUCAUUCAAGAUGGAAUACAAAAGAAUAUCUUAGGCAAUCUCCUUGCUCAAAAUUCCAUCUAUGGAUGGUAUAUUUAUGGCCCAAUGAAAUUACAUAGCGUUUCUCUAACUGCUAAUAUUCAAAAUAAGGAAGAAAAUGAUAAAAUAAGCUCAAUGCUUAAACUAUUUUGGGAAACAGAAGAAAUUCCAAAAUCGAAAGUUCUAUCAGAAACAGAUCUCUACUGUGAAGAACUUUAUAAAAAGACAACAUAUCGCAGAAGUGAUGGUAGAUAUGUUGUAAAACUUCCUUUUAAACAAGAAUUUCCAGAAAACUUGUAUUUGCAAUCUUCCAGAUUCGCAGCAAAAAGUCAAUAUAUUCAUCUAGAGGCAAAAUUACAAAAACAAGUAGAUCUUCAACAGAUUUAUAAUGAUGUUUUAGAAGAAUAUAUAACAUUGGGUCAUAUGAGGAAAACAAAUUCUUCCGAAAUUUGUAAAGAUGGAAAGUAUUUUUCAUAUUAUUUACCACAUCAUGCUGUAUUUAGACCGGAAAGCACUUCUACAAAAGUUAGAGUAGUCUUUAAUGGUUCUCGCAAAACGAAAAGCUCAUUUUCGUUGAAUGAUGUAUUGCAUAUUGGUCCAACGUUGCAAUCUGACUUAAUGUCAGUUAUUUUAAAUUGGCGUAUAUAUAGAUACGUUUUCAAUGGAGAUAUCGAAAAAAUGUAUCGCCAAAUAUUAGUAACGGAAGCAGAUUGUCCGUUUCAGAGAAUUUUGUAUAGAACAAAAACUUCAAGCAAUAUUGAAGAUUACGAGCUGUUAACAGUCACUUUCGGAGUGAAUUGUGCACCGUAUUUAGCCAUACGAACGUUGCUGCAGUUAGCAACAGAUGUAGAGAGACAGUCUCCUUUGUCAUCUCACAUAUUAAGACAUGAAACAUAUGUCGAUGAUAUUUUAGCUGGUGGACAUACUUUGGCUUCAGCCCUAGAAGCGCAAAGUCAAUUAAUAAAGUCUUUAAAAUCAGCUGGAUUUCCACUUAAAAAAAUUACGGCAAAUAAUAGCAAAUUAUUAGAAAAUAUUCCAACUGAAGAUAUUUUAAGUGCAGACUUCUUAAAACUUUACGAUUCGAGCUCUACGAAAACGUUAGGUAUUCAGUGGAAUGCAUACAGUGAUUCCUUCACUUAUAAAGUCGAAAUUCCCGAUUUCGCAUCAAAAGUAACAAAAAGAACAAUUUUAUCCGCGGUCGCUAAAUUGUUUGACCCCGCAGGGUGGCUAACGCCCAUUAUUGUUCAAGCAAAGAUCCUUCUACAAGAAUUGUGGCAAGAUGGGGUCGAAUGGGAUGAAGAUGUGAAACCUCAGACUCUUUCAAGGUGGAACAUUUUCUUAGAAGAUUUUAUACACAUAAGAUCCAUUCAUUUGUCUGGCAGACAUUCUAAUCUGCUAGUAGCGAAAAGCAAAGUUGCGCCGUUGCAACGUGUAAGUCUUCCUCGGUUAGAGUUAUGUGGGGCAUUACUGCUCUCGAAACUAAUUAAACAAACUCUAACUAACAAUUCAUUUAAAAGUGCUCAACUUUUCCUGUGGUCAGAUUCCACUAUAGUAUUAGCAUGGUUACAAAAACAUCCAUCAGUUUGGAAAACAUAUGUUGCCAACAGAACAUCUCAAAUCAUUGAAAAUGUUGGUAAUGCUAAGUGGAACCACGUUUUAACCCAUGAAAAUCCUGCAGAUCUUGGAACACGAGGGUGUAAACCACAAGAUCUUAAAAAAAAUCCUUUGUGGUGGUAUGGACCAAUGUGGCUACUUGACUCCCAAGACAAUUGGCCUAAAUCUAACCCACCUGCCAUAGCUCUUAUGGAACAAAGGAAAGUUGAAGUUCACUGUUCCGUUACAGAUGAACUCAAUAUAAUACAAAGAUUUUCUUCAUAUCGGCGAGCCCUCGCCGUAAUAGCAUAUAUUUAUAGGUUCAUACGUUCUACUAAUAAAAGAUUACAGAAAACUAAGUUUGAAAGUUUAACGCUCUCUCACGAAGAGCUUAAUAACGCAAAAAUUGUAUAUAUUAGACUAACGCAGAAGUUUCAUUAUUCUGAAGAUUUAAAGAAUCUUUCGGAUUCUAAGCAUAUUUCAAGGAAAAGCUCUCUGCUUACUCUAAAUCCAUUUCUCGACGCUCAAGGUCUUAUGCGGGUUAAUGGUAGAUUAGCUAAUGCCCCGCUUACGUACGAUGAGCGAUUUCCCAUAAUUAUCCCUAACUCUUCUCAAUUUUGCAAAAUUUUUCUGGAGUUUGUCCACAAAACUCUAGUCCAUGCUGACAUAACCCUUAUGAUGAGCGCAGUAAGAAGCCAGUUUAUAUUCCUGGUUUAAAAAGAACAGUCAAGAAAUGCGUUCAUCAUUGUCUAACCUGUGUUCGUUACAAACAACAAGUGAAAUCGCAAAUAAUGGCUGCACUGCCAAAAGAGAGAUCCACUCUCUCAUUACCGUUCUCACAUACGGGUGUCGACUUUGCUGGUCCAUUUCAGAUCAAGUCUGGCAAUUUGCGAAAUUCACCAUAUAUGAAAGGUUACGCAUGUAUCUUUGUAUGUUUUGCUACAAGAGCCAUUCAUUUAGAAGCUUGCUCUAGUUUAACAUCAGAAGCAUUUCUAGCUGCUUUUGCACGAUUUAUAGCUAGGCGAGGAUUGCCAAAAUCAGUUAUGUCGGACAAUGGUACAAAUUUCAUAGGCGCUAGUAAGUCAUUGCUAAAGGAGUAUUCGUUAUUUCUUAAACAAUCCUCCAAGGAUAUAACAGAUAAAUAUGCAAUUAAUGGACUUGAGUGGAAGUUCAUUC